AAACAUUGUACCUUUCAUUCUUAUCAUAUGCUUAUACUGAGCAGCACCAGUGCCUUUCUCUGCCUUCUCACUGCCUGUCUCGCUGUCGCAUUCAGCACAGUGCCUCGGUGAAAUUUUCUUCAUUGUUCUUCUUCUUCUUCCGCCUUGGUUUUCUUCUCUCACUCUAUGUCUCUCUCAUAAAGAAAUAAUCUUCUUCUUGCUUGCUUCCUUUGCUUGUUUUGUUUCGCUGUUGUCUCGGUCUUCUCUCUCUCUUUACCCUCGCUGUUCUUCUCUCAUGCUCCCUCUUAGUUAGGUGGAGCAAGUUCUCGCAGAUUUCGCAGUAACUAAUGGGUCUCUCGGAAGUGAUCGAUUCGAGGAAGAAGCAGUGAGUGAGCGUGGGGGGGAGAAAGGAGCUCGUGUUUACCAGGUCAGUAGUCGCCAAACACGAGCACCGUGUUAUCGUGUUUUCCAGCGCUCACAUCCCCGGGAAUCUGGAACAAAAUGAGACGAAGGUAGAGGCGAGCGAGUGAUAGAUAGCUUUGGUACCUUGCCGGGAAGGAGGAAAGGGACGCUAGAUUCUCGAGAGCUCCACGAAGAUCUAAGAACUUGAAAGCAAAGGAUACAGAGUUAGAACCGAUAGCUCACCAGCACGGAGGAUGUGUUCUUGCUGGUCCGCUUUUGGGUCGGCUCUGGGACGAUGCGUCGGUAAGCAUCGAGAUAACGGCAGCGUGACCCCAAGCACAGAUCACCCGGAUUCGCCUGCGGAGCAAACCCCACAGACCCAGCGCAAGAAAUCCUUCUCCUCCUCCGACGUACUGCCCUCCACUCCCAGGUCCGGAGAUGAGAUCCUCCGCCAGAGCUCCGGCCUCCGCGUGUUUAGCUUCGGUGAUCUCAAGUCCGCUACUCGGAACUUCCGGCCGGAUAGUUGGAUCGGGGAGGGCGGCUUCGGCCAUGUUUUCAAGGGGUGGAUCGACGAGAAUGGCACGGCCGCUGUUCGCCCCGGCUCGGGUUUAACUGUAGCAGUGAAGCAGCUGAAUCCGGAAGGAUUCCAAGGCCACCGAGAAUGGCUGGCGGAGGUGAAUUUUCUCGGCCAGCUUCACCACUUCAAUCUCGUAAAGUUGAUUGGUUACUGCGCGGAGGACGAGCAUCGACUUCUUGUCUACGAGUUCAUGCCUCGCGGUAGCCUGGAAAACCAUCUAUUUCGCAGUAAGUUGCUCGUCACAGAGAGUUUUUUUUUCUUACGACUAUCGGCUCACGCGUUGUCUUCAAAUUUUAUUGUUCUUGUUUUGGCAGAAGGAUCAUUGCCUCUAACUUGGGCGAUUCGAAUGAAGGUCGCAUUGGGAGCCGCGCAAGGCCUCGCCUUUUUGCAUCGGGAAACUGUGAUCUAUCGCGACUUUAAAACUUCCAACAUCCUGCUAGACCACGACUACACGGCCAAGCUCUCGGAUUUCGGCCUCGCGAAAGAUGGCCCGGAAGGAGACAAGACGCAUGUUUCCACACGAAUCAUGGGAACUUACGGCUACGCAGCUCCCGAGUACGUGAUGACUGGUCACUUGACAGCCAGGAGCGAUGUUUACAGCUUUGGAGUUGUCUUCCUGGAGAUGCUAACUGGCAGACGAUCCAUGGACAAGUCUAGACCCACUGGAGAGCACAACUUGGUGGAAUGGGCCAGGCCUUAUCUCCACGACAAGCGCAGGAUCUUCAGACUGGUGGAUCCAAAGCUCGACGGCCAGUGCCCCAUGAAAGCCUUCCAAAAGGCCGCUCAGCUCGCCGCGGCUUGCCUCAGUCGGGACGCAAAGUCGAGGCCGGAUAUGAAGGAGAUUGUUCGUCACCUGGAGCCUCUGCAAGUCACAAGCGACAUCACGGGUCAGCUCCAACCUCUAAACUACAACACAAAUCCAUACCCGAGCUCCAGGCCGAGACCACUGAUUGUAAACGGGAACUUCAGCCACCAUGGGAAUAACAACUCGCCAAAGGGACAUACUCAUCACCAUAGAAAUGGCUUUCCAAGUCCUGCCAGUGGUGGCGGAGCUCCAAACCAGCAAAGAUACCAGGCCUCGCCCAGGCGAUCACCCGCACGCUUCAACAGACGAUGACGAUGAAGAAAGAGUUGGAAUCUCCCUGGACUCUUUUUUAUAUCCUAUAUAUAUGUUACAGCAUACAAGGUCAGUGAGAGGCUGAUCGAAUAAGCAUUGAAGGAUUACCUCGAGAAUGAAGCUGCAAGAUAUGUACAUAUUGGUUUCGAGAAAAGUCGAGCCAACUCUGAUUUCCAAAAAGACACACACGACGAGAAUAUAUUACAAACAAAUGAAAGUUUCAUGGCU